AAAGAAAGAAAGAAAGAAAGGAAGAAAGAAAGAAAGGAAGAAAGAAAGAAAGAAAGAAAGAAAGAAAGGCUCAGGUUGGGGUUCGCUCAAAUUGAAUUUAAAAAGCGUUUAUUUAUUAAAUUUAUGCCCGGAUCCCAUGCCGGCCCUUGCAUGAGCAAGAGUAGCAGCAAGGACAUGGAAACCCCACAUGUCGACCUAAAUUCUGGAGAAAAGACAUCCAAUUUCAUAUUUUCCAUCGCCUCUUAUUUAAAAAGUGUCAAUGAAUCACCUCGGACUGCUUCGCUACAAGGGAAGCCUUUUGCACAUGAUACGCCAACCAAAUCUCCGCAGCCAAAACUUUGCGAUAGUGCGUGUAGUGCUUCUGAUGCUUCUGAUGCUUCUGAUGCUUCUGAUGCUUCUGAUAGAGAAAUCCCAAAGUUACUACCCCAGACAUUAGCAUAUUCCUCGCCAAGGCCUUUAUACAGGCUAUCUAACCCAAAUACGAAUGUCGCAUCGCCAGUGUCUAUCAAGACUCCUGCAGACAUCAAGACUCCUGUACACAUCAAGACAUUUUUAGACACAAAGAAAACGCCAGAUACCAAGGGGCUAUCUGCUGCCUCAAAGUGGACAAGCAGUUCGAUUGAAAACGAUAUCAAGAACAUCAGAAUGCAAAUUGAGCAAACGCUUUCUCAUUACUCUUCAUUUGCUCGUGAUGUCAAAUUAAAGGAGCGUGAGCUGCUGAUUGAAAAACACCUGUCCGCCUUAAAGAUAGCAUCUCCGCUUUUGUAUAAGAAAAAGCCCCAUAUUUCUGAAUCCACUUCAGGUGACAAUCCCAUUUAUCUCAAAUGCUAUUCCGGAGAAAUUGUGAAAGACGAUGAUGCGAUUUCGAUUAGCGACGUCGAUGUGGAUGGCGAUUUGAAGCAUCGUUUCUCCAACUCAAAUGGUGUAAAUAACGGGUUCGAUUCACAUCAAGAUCCCGAUGUAAUUAUCCAAAAAUACAAAAUUCCAAUUCGAAUCGAGGACCUAUCAACUCUUCAGCACGGCGCAUGGCUAAAUGACGAGGUACUGGCAGCUCCUUAUUUUUAG